AUGAUGCACCAAGUAGGGUGUUCUAAGGAAAGGAAAAACGUGAGUUGGCUCUCUUGCACUGUCCCCCUUCACUCUGCCCAUCAAAUUGAUUCGUUGAACAAUUGCACACCACCACUUCCACCCUCCCCCAUCCUCUCCUUCAUUCCCUCCCCCAUCCUCCCCUUCAUUCCCUCCCCCGUCCUCCCCUUCAUCCCCUCCCCCAUCCUCCCCUUUAUUCCCUCCCCCAUCCUCCCCUUCAUUCCCUCCCCCAUCCUCCCCUUCAUUCCCUCACCCAUCCUCCCCUUCAUUCCGUCCCCCAUCCUCCCCUUCAUUCCCUUCCCCAUCCUCCCCUUCAUUCCCUCCCCCAUCCUCCCCUUCAUUCCCUCCCCCAUCCUCCCCUUCAUUCCCUCCCCCAUCCUCCCCUUCAUUCCCUUCCCCAUCCUCCCCUUCAUUCCCUCCCCCAUCCUCCCCUUCAUUCCCUCCCCCAUCCUCCCCCUUCAUUCCCUCCCCCAUCCUCCCCUUCAUUCCCUCCCCCAUCCUCCCCUUCAUUCCCUCCCCCAUCCUCCCCUUCAUUCCCUUCCCCAUCCUCCCCUUCAUUCCCUUCCCCAUCCUCCCCUUCAUUCCCUUCCCCAUCCUCUCCUUUAUUCCCUUCCCCAUCAUCCCCUUCAUUCCCUUCCCCAUCCUCCCCUUCAUUCCCUCCCCCAUCCCCCCCCUUCAUUCCCUCCCCCAUCCUCCCCUUCAUUCCCUCCCCCAUCCUCCCCUUCAUUCCCUCCCCCAUCCUCCCCUUCAUUCCCUUUCCCAUCAUCCCCUUUAUUCCCUUCCCCAUCCUCCCCUUCAUUCCCUCCCCCAUCCUCCCCUUCAUUCCCUCCCCCAUCCUCCCCUUCAUUCCCUCCCCCAUCCUCCCCUUCAUUCCCUCCCCCAUCCUCCCCUUCAUUCCCUCCCCCAUCCUCCCCUUCAUUCCCUUCCCAUCCUCCCCUUCAUUCCCUCCCCCAUCCUCCCCUUCAUUCCCUUCCCCAUCCUCCCCUUCAUUCCCUUCCCCAUCGUCCCCUUCAUUCCCUUCCCCACCCUCCCCUUCAUUCCCUUCCCCAUCCUUCCCUUCAUUCCCUCCCCCAUCCUCCCCUUCAUUCCCUCCCCCAUCCUCCCCUUCAUUCCCUUCCCCAUCCUCCCCUUCAUUCCCUUCCCCAUCCUCUCCUUCAUUCCCUUCCCCAUCAUCCCCUUCAUUCCCUUCCCCAUCCUCCCCUUCAUUCCCUCCCCCAUCCUCCCCUUCAUUCCCUCCCCCAUCCUCCCCUUCAUUCCAUCCCCCAUCCUCCCCUUCAUUCCCUCCCCCAUCCUCCCCUUAAUUCCCUUCCCCAUCCUCCCCUUCAUUCCCUUCCCCAUCCUCCCUUCAUUCCCUCCCCCAUCCUCCGCCUUCAUUCCCUCCCCCAUCCUCCCCUUCAUUCCCUCCCCCAUCCUCCCCUUCAUUCCCUUCCCCAUCCUCCCCUUCAUUCCCUCCCCCAUCGUCCCCUUCAUUCCCUCCCCCAUCCUCCCCUUCAUUCUCCUUUCCCCAUCCUCCCCUUCAUUCCCUUCCCCAUCCUCCCCUUCAUUCCCUGCCCCAUCCUCCCCUUCAUUCCUUUCCCCAUCCUCCCCUUCAUUCCAUUCCCCAUCCUCCCCUUCAUCCCCUUCCCCAUCCUCCCCUUCACUCCGUUCCCCAUCCUCCCCUUUAUUCCCUUUAUUCCCUUCCCCAUCCUCCCAAACUCCACACCUGCUUCUCCUGCACCGACUCCUGGAUUCUGCCCCACACAGACUCCAACCCUUCCAGCGUGGGCGCAAUGUUCAUUCACACGCACCCUACGGGCUGCUGAUGUGGCGGAGGUGCACGAGUGUUGCGGGCUACUGGUAGCGUCCAUCAUUCGCCGCCUAUCCUUCAACCACCUCUCUGGUCUCUCUCUCAGCCAUCCUUCCUCUUAUCACCCACCAGGUGUGCAUGGUGCAGCCAACAACGUCCACCAGUCUGCUCCAAUCAGCCGAUCAUGCACCCACCUCCCGGUUUUCUCUCUCUCCUUCUCGCCACCCGUUCCCCCAGCCACCCACCUGGUGUGCAUGGUGCAGCCAGCAGCGUCCAUCCCCUGCCAUCUUUGCACUGACAUGCCGAUCAACAACCACUCACCUCUACACCGAGGUACUCUGUGUGUGCUCCAUUGCCACUUCUCAAGUACUCUGUACUCUGUACUCUGUGUGUGCUCCAUUGCCACUUCUAUGGAUGCGGAUGUGGUACAGUUGGUGGUGUUCAAGCGGGACUAA